AUGAUCCAAAAAAAUAAAACCAGAUACAUACACUCAUUGCAACAAAACAACCACACUUCUUGGGAUGAAGAAGUUCCAAAUCAAACUUCCUCCUUGUUGCCACCGGUGAAGACAACCAAACCCAUAGUCUCCGGCGAAGCUGAUAAAGGGGAAGAUCGAAUUGAUCAACAAGCUCGCUCUAAAUCAUCAAUCAUGGAACUUGAGUGUUUUAUAGGUGGACACUGUUUUGUACACUCCCCAGCAGCUCCUCCUAUUCUGCGCCAAUCACUGUUUUCCAAUUCAAUUCAAAGAAACAACAAAAAUGGCUGCCUCAAUGUUACAGCCAAAAUCUGCUUCCACGAAAAUGACCCCCAUGACCACCUAUUCUUCAAAUCCGCCAUUUCUCGAGCCUCCUAUCGUUUCCAAGAAGCUCUUCGACCAGAGCCUCUUUUUGUCGAUCCUUACGCUGGCUGCUUUGUGCCUCCUGACCUUGACCUUGAGCUCGACAAAAAUUCGGAUCACCAUUACUGCAUUGGCACUAGAUUUAUCGAUGAUAAGCUGCUUAACGCAACCAAGGGCGCUGAUGGAGCUAAACAGGUUGUAAUGUUCACAGAUGGAAUGGAUACUAGGGCUUAUCGCCUCAAUUGGCCUUCUUCAACUGUAAUCUAUGAUGUAUCACCACAAUCAGUAUUCAGUAAAGCAUCUCAAAAGCUCCAAGAUGUUGGUGCUAAAAUUCCAAGAAGCUGUUUGCUUCUUCAUGUUCCUUUGGAGUCAUCUGAUAUGCAACAACUUUUACGUGAUAAAGGAUUUAAUGGUUCCAGACCAAGUAUAUGGGUUUUCCAGGGUUUUCCAGUCACAAAUUUGGCUACUUUUAAGGAGAUUCUGUUUAUGGUUAGUAAUUUAGCCAUGAAAGGAUGUCUGUUGGUGGGUGAAUUUCCAUUGUGGUUGACUGAAAAUGACAAGGGGGCAAAGCUAAAUAUGGAGACAUGGAUGUAUGAGGUUUUCAUAAGCUAUGGUUUUCGAGUGCAAAUCAUAGGUUAUGAUGAUGUUGCAAGAAGCCUUGGUCGAGAACAGGUAGAAGGAAUCCCCAAUAAUUUGCUUUUUGUUGCAGAGCAUCUACGAUUUUCUGAUGAUGAGAUGGAGACUUGGAGGAUGCGAUUUCAGAGGGUCGAGGAAGAAGGUGAUGAAGAAGGAUUUGAGGAGCUCUAAAGUCUAAACACAUUUUGUCAAUCCUUAUUACACACAAUCAUCAAUUCUCUUCUUCAUUGCCAUAAGACUUUGUAUCAUUAAAAGAAAUUAUCAUAACAUUUUAAGUGAUGGCUUUUUUUUCAUGCAAUGAUCUCUUUGGUUUCAAAUAAAUAUUAAUGCAAUCACUCAUCAUAUAAA